AAGCCAAAAGAAAAUACCUCUUUUUAAUAAUUUAUUUUUUUACAUUAUAUCUGAAGAAGAAGAAAAAAAUCCGCACCGGAAUCUGAAACAUUUGGAUGAAAAAGAGAGCUCAUAACUACACACCAAGCUGCAGAAUUAUCGUGGUGAUAACGCAAAAGUCCUAAACGUGAUGGAGGGCAUUCCCUUUACAGAUCCCGAUCUGCGCUCCAUGAACGUGUCCUUGGAAAACUCAAGCCUGGAAAACACCACAGACGCGGUGAACACCACCGUGAACCCGCUGCUGCGGAAUGAACAGGUGGCCAAAGUCGAGGUGGCGGUGCUGGCCUUGGUGCUGCUGCUCGCAUUGGCUGGCAACCUGUGUGUGCUCCUGGCCGUCCACACAACUAAACAAAAGCAGUCUCGCAUGUACUUUUUCAUGAAGCAUCUCAGCAUCGCGGAUCUGGUGGUGGCUGUAUUUCAAGUCCUACCGCAGCUCAUCUGGGACAUCACCUUUAGGUUUUAUGGAUCCGAUUUUCUCUGCAGGACGGUGAAGUACCUGCAAGUGGUCGGGAUGUUUGCAUCCACCUAUAUGCUUGUUUUAAUGUCCAUAGACAGGUGUUUGGCGGUAUGCCAGCCUUUGCGGUCUUUACACAGACGAACUGAUCGUUUGUAUGUGAUUUCUUCUUGGGUCCUCAGUCUUAUGUUGAGCAUUCCUCAAGUUUAUAUUUUUUCAUUGAAGGAGUUGGGCCCCGGUGUUUAUGACUGCUGGGGGGACUUCAUUCAGCCAUGGGGAGCCAAGGCGUAUGUAACGUGGAUCAGCAUUACAAUCUAUAUCAUACCAGUGGCCAUACUGAGCGUUUGCUACGGCUUGAUCAGCUUUACAAUCUGGCAAAACCUUAAGUUAAAAACCAGGAAAGUCCAAAAUGUAACCCUCACGUCCAAGACCGUCCUUUCCCGAGUGAGCAGCGUGAAGCUUAUCUCCAAAGCCAAAAUCAGAACAGUUAAAAUGACUUUUGUUAUAGUUUUGGCUUAUGUUGUGUGCUGGGCUCCUUUUUUCUUCGUGCAGAUGUGGUCUGUGUGGGACCCUGAAGCUCCGAGAGAAGCGGCAGCCUUCAUCAUCGCAAUGCUGCUGGCGAGUCUGAACAGCUGUUGUAACCCUUGGAUAUACAUGUUCUUCGCCGGGCACUUAUUCCAAGACAUGGUCCAGCGAUUCCUGUGCUGCUCGAGCAACUACCUGAAAUCCUCCCAGCGCAGCUGUGACCUCAACGCCAGCCGCAAGAGCAACUCCUCCAUGUACAUGAGAAGCAUCACGCAGACCUCAACAACGUGAUCACAAGGCACUUACUAUACCAGCCCCUUUUUAUCUGGACUAUUUUCAUGAUUACAGCACUACUUUUUAAAUAUAUGAAGGUUUGUGUGUGUGUGUAUAUAUAUAUUAUAAGUUGAAAUUCAAUUUGUGAACCCCACGGAGUACUGGAAAUGUGCAAAUGCUAUAUGCAAGUUUGUUUUGAAUAAAUCUUUCCUUUAAUAAAGACAGAUUUUUGUUGAUUAGCUUCAUUCAAACUAAUCAACUUUGAAACAGAGCUAUGUGAUAACAGGGAGUCACACAAGUGGAAAUAGAACACCAGAGAUAUGAACCUUGAUCCCUUCUGACCUUAUACAUGUUUGUGAAGUAUACUAUGAUGCCACCUGGCAACCUUAAAACUGAGGCAAUCCGUGUGAUCUUUUUUGCCAUGGUGCUGGUUAAAAGACCAAAAUGGUUUUAAUAGGAAGAGGAACAACCAGGCGACAAAUGGUGUUGUGAUAAUUAUCUGUCACACUCCAUCUUCACCAGUAACUUGUAAAUAUGACCAAGGCAAUUGUAUUUUUGUUUUUCUCUGAUAUAAAAUCCCAAGGAAGUAAAAUGAAUGGCAUCGCCUUGAAUGAUUAGGAAUAUCAGGACUCUGCAAAGCACCCUAAAUGCAAAACAUUGUGCUGAUAUUAAAACUGAAAAUGAGGAUAUUUAAAGCAGGCCAUUUUUUUGGGAGCAAAUAAGCAAAUGCACAUCUAUAAAACAUUUCCCAGCUUUGUAUGUUUUUGAGAUGCAAGAACCUUAUACAUAUUUUUAUAGAUCGUGUAACAGUAUUACUAAGUAGAUCAAGCAACUGUCAGUUGAUGUAGUUCAAAAUUGCUGUCAGUUUUACUUUUAAGAUAUCAGUGUUGCUGUUUGGGUAUGUCUUAUUUGUCAAACCUGAGAUUUUCUUUACAAACUGGAUUUGGGAGCGCACAGUUUAGACAUUUUUGUUUGCAUUUUGUUGAAUUCUGUAUAAAGCAAAUUGUUAUAUUGCGAUAUUUAUUGUGAAUAAAUUGUAUUUGUCCUUUUUACACUGUGAUGUGCUUUUGAUUAUUGUUUUGUUGCUAAAUUAGCAAUUUACCAGGGAAGGAAUAUAUGUUAAUGAUUC